AUGCCCGGGUCUGAUACAAGCGAUGAGUUCAACGACGACGGCGAUGCCUUCAUUGUAGACGUGGACUCCAUCCAGGCUCAUGGAAUCGGCGCUGCAGAUAUCACCAAAUUGAAGGCGAAUGGGUUUUACACCGUCACAUCCGUGCAUGGGGCCACCCGGAAGACCCUUCUGAAGAUAAAGGGGUUUAGCGAGGUCAAGGUGGAAAAGAUAAAGGAAGCUGUCAACAAAUGCUUGCCCUCUGCCUCCGGCUUCAUUACAGCCAUGGAGCUAUGCCACCAGCGGAAGAGAGUGGUUCGAAUCUCGACAGGGAGCAAGCAAUUCGACUCUAUCUUGGGAGGGGGUUUCCAAAGCAUGAGUAUCAGUGAAGUGUUCGGGGAAUUCCGCUGCGGAAAGACCCAAUUAUCUCACACUAUAUCUGUUAUCGCACAGUUACCCAAAGAGAUGGGUGGCGCAGAUGGCAAAGUUGCCUACAUUGACACCGAGGGAACAUUCAGGCCAGAGCGUAUUGCCCAGAUUGCGGAGCGCUUUGGCGUCGAUCCCGACUCUACCCAGGAAAACAUUGCUUAUGCGAGAGCUCUGAACAGCGAACAUCAGUUGGAGCUUCUCAACACUCUUAGCAAAGAGUUUGCUGCCGGGGAUUACAGACUGCUAAUCAUCGACAGUAUCAUGAACUGCUUCCGAGUGGAUUACUGCGGACGUGGAGAACUCGCGGACCGUCAGCAAAAGCUGAAUCAGUUUCUUAUGAAGCUUGCUCAUAUGGCUGAAGAGUUUAACGUCUGCGUUUUGAUGGUCAGCAUCCACCGUCACUGUAUCUUGAAAUGGCCAUGCGCCUUAACCUCUUGGCAGACAAAUCAGGUUCAAAGUGACCCUGGUGCUAGUGCUCUUUUUGCCGGGACCGACGGCCGCAAACCCGUAGGGGGACAUGUUCUUGCGCAUGCAUCUACAACUCGAGUGCUUCUUCGAAAGGGCCGCGGGGAAGAACGAGUGGCCAAAAUUCAGGAUUCUCCCGAUUGUCCUGAACGAGAGGCUACAUAUGUAAUUACCAAUGGCGGAAUCAAUGAUCCAGAUAAAGUCUAA